CAGUGUGAUGCAGCUAGGGAUGCUGAGGACACAUUGUGCUCCAGGUCCCCAUGGGGCAGACAGUGUGAUGCAGCUAGGGAUGCUGAGGACACAUUGUGCUCCAGGUCCCCAUGGGGCAGACAGUGUGAUGCAGCUAGGGAUGCUGAGGACACAUUGUGCUCCAGGUCCCCAUGGGGCAGACAGUGUGAUGCAGCUAGGGAUGCUGAGGACACAUUGUGCUCCAGGUCCCCAUGGGGCAGACAGUGUGAUGCAGCUAGGGAUGCUGAGGACACAUUGUGCUCCAGGUCCCCAUGGGGCAGACAGUGUGAUGCAGCUAGGGAUGUGUGUCAGCCUGUUGAGGAAGGAUGCUGACUCUUUUGACCGCUUCUUCUCCAGGGCUGUGUUGUCAUGGGUACAUAAGGCUGCUGUGAAAUAG